AUGGCAGAGAACGAGAAGGUUGAUAGGUACUACCGCGGCAUCAAGAAGGACAUCCGCGUCCAGGUCGCCCUCUCCCGCGUCAACACCCUCGACGCCGUCAUCGAGGUCGCCGAGCGCACCGACGAGAUCCUGUACUCCAGCCGCCGCCAUGGCAGCUACCUCGGCAGCAGCUCCGCGCCUCGCUCUGGUCCCAGGCCCAUGGACAUCGGCAGCAUCCCUCGCCGCCCGCAGCAGCAGUUCCAGCCGCGCCGCACUUACGCUCAGGCCGUCGCCGGGCCGCGCCGCUUCCCGCGUCUCACGCCCGACGAGCGCCAGCGCCUGAUCGAGUCCAACGGCUGCUUCUACUGCCGUGGCACCGGCCACGUGGCGUCUGACUGCCCCCUCAAGCGCCGCAACAACCAGCGCCCUCCGCAGCGCCGCUAA